UUCGACAGACCGUGAGGAGUUCACAAUCACAGAGAAAACACAAGCCAAGAAACAUCACUCAAAUGAGUCAAAUCAGACAAGUUUGUUUUUGUCGGAAGAUUCGAAAACUGCGGUUUCUGUAUUACUCGGAUUUUUACAUAAUCAGAAUAUUAUCAGACAGAACUGUCAGCUACAUUCGUUCAAUACUUUAUUGUUUCAAUCAAUUUCGAAGCCGCUGGACUUCACUAUGGGUACGUCUAUGCCUCCCUUGAAACGACUUGCUGGACAUUCUGCCACUGCGACAGCUGCUCUUCCUGAUCUUGGUGACGACCACAAGGUUACCGUUAAUGUUGGUGCAGGGAACACCCUGUGGGUUUGGGAUCCUGCGGAUGCAAUCCAUGUCCAGAAGGUGUAUCGAAUUCAAGGAGUACUGACCGGGUGUUUUCCGAAAGUUCCCAUGCAAGACACUUUUGCCAGCUUGCCCUUGCGUCUUAUGCCGGAAGAAGCAGCUUAUCUGCGUGAUCGCGGACGUGCAGUGUUUGUCAGCGAAGAGCCUUUAGCUCGCAGUCUGCCAACUUUGUUGGAUCGCGGUCACUUUGAUGCCAUGCGCCACGAGCAGUUUCAGCAGCAGGCGGAUCUGUUCACAAUUUUACGUGAAUCUCACACCGAUGUCCAUAAGGAUGAGUUACUCAAGAGAUUCGAGGAAGAACAGAGCCGAGCUAUGGAGCAGGAAGGCAGACCAUCUUUACGUGACCGUGAAGAACUGUGGAGAACGGAACGAGAGCGAUGGCUAGGAAAGCCGAUUGAAGAUAUUCGUCACGUCUUCAACAUGGAGCUGCCCACCCGAUCGUGGAGGGUCGGCCAGUCUCUUAUCCAUCUGCCGGAAAUCUCUUUCCAGUACCCAACGAAUGACAAGGAAAGUGCCGCUUGUGUUGUUUUCACCGCAUUGAUGGACGCGGGGUUCAGUGUUACUUCCGGUGCCAAUUAUGGAGCUGACUUUUUGGCUUUUCGCGGCGAUCCUCAUGUCGUGUAUUCUUCGUACAUGGUGAAAGUUGUGCGGGAGAAGGAGGAGUUCAAGCUGGACGAAUACUUGCGACUUGGACGCGUUGCCACCACAGCAAAGAAAGCCAUUUUGUGGGCGAUUGUUAUUGACAAUAAUUCACAAGUUCGCUUCUGCUGUAGUAAAUGGGCUCUGAUGAAAUGAGGAUUGUGCCGUUUUGUAGUACUCGAAUCAGUUACAAUAGUUGUGUUACUUGUGUACUUGUUCUCGUAAAUGGAAUUAAUAAAUUGACCUUGCGUAAUUAUAAGCGUUGCGACGGCUCACACCUUUGCUUUUUCACUGGCUUUCGCCUUUCUGGUACUGUACUGUACAUACCGUAUAAAUUUGGAUUUG